AUGUCCAGGUCGUCGAGUAAGAUCUCCACCCUCCUCUCGACCAUCCAGUCGGAGCGCCGGAACCUCGAAGGCGCCAAGGCUGUGAUGCGCGCCGUCGAGGCGUCGUCGAAAAACGAAGCGGUCAUUCAGCAAGCGCAGAAUGAGGUCCGGGCCGCGCAGGCCAGUAUCAAGUUCCUGGAGGAUGAGCUUUCCAAGUUGCAGAUGGGUGGCGGAAGCGUUGGAAGUCCGAGAGGCGGCCCUCCUGCGCAAGGACAGGGAUACGGGCCCGGUCCAGGACAAGGCGCCGGGAGAGGGCAUGUGCCGUCUGCGUCGGGCGGAGGAGGACAGGGGUAUAUGCCCAUCACGCCGACAAAGGGACAGGGCUAUGGACAGGGAGGGCUAAUGAGCCCGAGUCCGAGUCGGAAUAAUGGAGGCCAAGGGGGACAGCAGGUGAUGAUGGGCGGUAGAGAUCGGGAACGGCCUUUACCGCCUCCGCCAGGAGGGGAGGAGAUGCCCAAGAAGGCUGAACAGAAGAAUUACUCGCAACUCGACAUGCAGCGGUACGAUGCUCCCCUGACCGGCGCCAAAAUCACCCGGAUGCUCAACCAGCUGCAAUUCAAGCUGCAGGUGGAAGAGCAGUACAAGCUCGGUAUCGAAAAGAUGGCGCAGGCGUACCGCGCAGAAGGGGACAAGCGGCUGCGAUCGGAAACAGAGGCGAAGCGCAUCGAGUCGGAUGGCAAGAUCCAGCUGCUGCGCAAGGCGAAGAAGCGGUAUGAGACAUUGGCCAAGUUUGGGGGUGCUGUCGAGGAGGAUGAAGAGCUCAUGCCCGAUGGCAAGCGGAAAGAUGCGCUGCGGAAACCGAUUUCUGGUCAACUCGUUGUCUCCCUCCGGUCCGCUCGGGACCUCAACCACCGCCCUCUGCCCCGAAAGUCCUCAAAGGUGUACAACGAGACCACCGUGAUUGUCAAGAUCGAAGGAAACCAAGCCGCUAUCUCUCAUCCAUCUCGGAACGACAAAUGGCAUGAGGACUUUCACAUCCCCGUUGAAAAAGCAAACGAAGUCGAGAUCACCAUCUACGACACAGUCGCGCCGGGCGAUUCGGCGCCCAUCGGGAUGAUGUGGGUCCGUGUGAGCGACUUGAUGGAGGCGCUUCGUAGGCAGAAGGCGGGAAUAGAGGCGAGUGAGGCAGGAUGGGUAACGGCUGAGAAGGCGGCCAAGAUGGGGCCGAAGGGAUCGGCGCCGGAUAGCGUGACGCUGCAUAGCUCGGGUACGAUCCGACAGCCUGGUGGAGGCGGUGGGAUGGGAGCGUAUGGAGAGGGUAAGGGGCCGGACGGGAUUGAUGGGUGGUUCUCUAUCGAGCCCGCGGGUGCUAUCUCGCUGAGAUUGGACUUUGUCAAGGAUACCACUGCGGGCGCUCGGCGACCAUACGAAGCUCUCGGCCGUCAAGGCGCCGUCCGGAAACGGAAGGGCGACGUGUACGAGAUGAACGGCCACAAGUUCGUCUCGCAGCAAUUCUACCAGCCCAUCAUGUGCGCUCUGUGCCAGGAGUUUCUUCUUACCGGCGAGGGCUACCAGUGCGAGGACUGUCGAUAUGCCUGCCAUAAGAAGUGUUACCCCAAGGUGGUCACCAAGUGUAUCAGCAAGAGCAAUGCCGACGGGGAGGGCGACGAGGAGAAGAUCAACCAUCGAAUCCCGCAUCGCUUUGGCGCGUACACCAACAUGUCGGCCAAUUGGUGUUGCCACUGUGGUUAUAUGCUGCCAUUCGGCCGCAAAAACUCGGUCAAGUGUUCUGAAUGUAGCUUGACAUGCCACCAGACAUGCUCGCACUUCGUUCCCGACUUCUGCGGAAUGACGAUGGAGAUGGCCAACAUCCUCCUCAAAAACCUCCGCGAUAUCAAAACUACCCAGACCCACAAGAAGCCCCUCCCCUCCACGUCGUCUUCAUCCUCUACCGUCUCGACCCUCCCGCUCUAUCAGCAGCAAGCGCCUGAUCGACCUGCUCCGCCCCAGCAGCGCCCGUCAUCCCAGUAUCAAACGCAGAUGCCGGUCGUCACCACCUAUCCUCCCGAACCCCCUCGACCCCAACCACCUCAGCAGCAGCAACAGCAGCAGUACGACCCACGGUAUCCCUCGCAGGGGCCCCCACAGUCUCAGCCCCCACCGCAGGCUCAGCAGGCGUACGACAAUCUCCGGCCGGCUGUGGCUGGUGCGCGACCCAUGCCCCAGAUCCCGCCCGCGGGACCCGCCUCCCGUCAAUCGUUCGAACAUUCGCGGCCUCCCCGUCCGGACCACCCCUCACAGCAGCCUCAGCAAAUGCAGCAGGGUCCGCCGCCACCCCGACCGGAACCGCCACGUAUGCAGAGCGGCUAUGUCCCGCCCCCGCCUCCACCGGGCAUGCAGGUACAGCAGAUGCCGGUGCAGCAGCAACAGCAGCAACAGCCGGUACGGACGAUGCGGAAGAAGAAGGUGGGGCUGGACGACUUCAACUUCCUCGCUGUGCUGGGUAAGGGGAACUUCGGGAAGGUCAUGCUGGCUGAGGAGAAGGUCACGAGCAGUCUGUACGCGGUCAAGGUGCUGAAGAAGGAGUUCAUUAUCGAGAACGAUGAGGUCGAGAGCACGCAAACCGAGAAACGAGUCCUCGUCGCCGCCGCCCAGGAACGACACCCCUUCCUACUCGGCCUCCACUCGUGCUUCCAGACCGAAACCCGAGUCUACUUUGUGAUGGAGUACGUCUCGGGUGGAGAUCUCAUGUUGCAUAUCCAAAAGAAGCAAUUCACCCUCCGCCAAGCCAAAUUCUACGCGUGCGAAGUCCUCCUCGCACUCCAAUACUUCCACGCCAAGGGGAUCAUCUACCGGGAUCUUAAGCUCGACAAUAUCCUCUUGACGCUGGAUGGGCACGUCAAGGUGGCGGACUAUGGGUUGUGUAAGGAGAAUAUGUGGUUUGGGAAGACGACGAGCACGUUCUGUGGAACGCCGGAGUUCAUGGCGCCUGAGAUCCUGCUUGAGCAGCGUUACGGCCGCGCGGUGGACUGGUGGGCGUUCGGCGUGCUGACUUACGAAAUGCUCCUCGGUCAAUCUCCGUUCCGAGGAGACGACGAGGACGAAAUCUUUGACGCUAUCUUGGAGGAUGAGCCUUUGUACCCUAUCACGAUGCCCCGGGAUGCUGUCUCCCUCCUGCAACGACUCCUCACUCGAGACCCUACUCGCCGACUCGGCUCCUCCGAGGCCGACGCGGAGGAUAUCAAGCGCCACCUCUUCUUCAAAGACGUCAACUUUGACGAUGUCUACAACAAACGCAUCCCGCCGCCGUACUUCCCCACUAUUGGCAACCCGACGGAUACGAGCAACUUCGACCAGGAGUUUACGCGCGAGCAGCCGACGUUGACGCCUGUGCACACUCAGUUGAGCGCGCAGGAUCAGCAGGAGUUUGUCGGGUUCUCAUGGAUUGCACCUUGGGCAAACGCGUAA